AUGAGCAGAGGCCAUGGGUGAUGGUACCGUCAACAACUUCAGUCAGACAAGCUGGUAUAAAGAUUAUGACAAACAGAAAAAAAUGAAGAAAAAGUGAAAAACAUAAUUUGCAAAGGUUGAAGGAAGGAGUUGUGAAAUUUCUCCCGAAGGAAAAAGAACAUUGGGUGAGUUCCUCAUUCUUUUCUCAGAUUCCAGAAGAUGGGAUUUUCUUGGGGUGGACUUUUCUAAAUGGGUCUUGGAUGUUUGAUCGGUUCAAAUUCUUUAUCGGGUAGCUCAAACCCCUCUCAACAACCUUAAAUAUUUUAAGCUUUUUUUUUCCUCGUUCGGGUCUUGAUUCAUUAAUUUAUUUAUCUUUUGUUCCAAGUUGAUUCUUCCUGUGCUGCUACCUUUAUUUUGUUUGUUAUGUGUUUUAUUGCUUUUCAACCUACCAAACCUCACAAUCUGCAAGUUUUUUAAUGCCCAGAUGCCAUAAAGAGGUUAUAAAUACUGAUUUCAUCUCUGUUGCUUCCUGUUGAGGUCUUGCUCCUGCUUCAGGCAUCCUUGACAUUUCGGGGAGAUUUCUAUUGAGAAUUUGCAGCAUCAGGUGCUUAUUUAGUGCUUCUUCUCGGCAAAGGAAACACAUUUGUUCUUAAGUUGCAGUUUACCGGGUUUAGCAGAAAUUUCACAUCGGGCACUAGUGACAGAGGACUCUAAUUCUAGAGGCAACCAGUUUCCCUUGAAAACUGAGUGAUUAAAAGAAAACCAUGUCUUUAGUUAGAUCUGCAGAGCUAUCUGCUAAAGCUUAUGGUAAUCCCAACCUCUAUUCAUUCAAGGGAAGCAGUACGGGCCCUGGCUUUUCUACUCAAAUAUUCCGCUCUGAUAAGCGGAAUAUCAUGUAUAUGACUGAAUCUUACUGUAGUGAGAGUAAUGAUCCAAAGUACUUAGUCGACUCUCCAACAGAAGAACUGAUACACCCACCUAGUUCUGGCAUUUCAGGAAGGCCAUUUCACCCACAGGGUACCGCUUCUUACCAGCUCAUAGCUGAUUCUGUUUCCUCCAUGACUCCUGAAGGCUCAUUUUUUGAGUCAGACUACUUGGAGUGUGAAAGCCCAGAUCAAAUCAAUUACAAUGAAGACAAGAUGAGAUUGAAGCUUCAAGAAUUGGAGAGAGCCCUUCUUGAUGAUAAUGAUGAUGAUGAUCAAAGCAUGGAGAUUGAUGCUGAUUGGGCUGAUCCGAUUGGGAAUGAACUCCUCCAUGACUCACCCAAGGAGUCUUCAUCCUCAGAUUCUAACCUAAGUAGCAUCAGCAGCAACAAAGAAGUAUCACUAAUACCUACUCAGACCACCAAGCAGUUGCUUUUUGAUUGUGCUGCUGCACUUGCAGAAGGAAACAUUGAUGGAGCAUCAGCCAUGAUAAGUGAACUCCGGCAGAAAGUCUCAAUCCAAGGAGAUCCUCCACAGAGGAUUGCAGCCUACAUGGUGGAAGGUCUUGCAGCUCGCAUGGCUUCCUCUGGAAAAUGCCUCUAUAAAGCUCUGAAAUGCAAAGAGCCCCCAUCUUUGGACCGGCUCUCAGCUAUGCAGAUCCUCUUUGAGGUAUGCCCAUGUUUUAGAUUUGGACUUACAGCAGCUAAUGGUGCAAUCACAGAGACAUUUAAAGAUGAGAAGAGAGUUCAUAUAGUAGAUUUUGAAAUAAACCAAGGGAGUCAAUAUAUAUUGCUGUUACAAUCGCUUGCAGAACAGUCAGGUAAAAAGCCCCACAUUAGGUUAACUGGAGUGGACGACCCCGACUCAAUCCAACGUGCUGUAGGGGGCCUAAAAGUCAUUGGGCAGAGGCUUGAGAAUCUAGCAGAAGAUCUCAAUUUGUCAUUUGAAUUUCAAGCAGUGGCUUCAAAGACUUCAAAUGUCACUCCGGGAAUGCUCAACUGUAAGCCUGGAGAAGCACUGGUAGUAAACUUUGCUUUCCAGCUGCACCACAUGCCUGAUGAGAGCGUCUCAACAGUAAACCAGCGAGAUCAGCUUCUCCGGAUGGUUAAGAGCUUGAACCCGAAACUUGUGACUAUUGUUGAACAAGACAUGAACACAAACACAGCCCCUUUUUUCCCGAGAUUUGUCGAAGCCUACAACUACUACUCAUCUAUGUUCGACUCUCUUGAUGCAACUCUCCCCAGGGGCAGCCAGGACAGAGUGAAUGUUGAAAGACAGUGCCUGGCACGGGACAUAGUUAACAUUGUAGCAUGUGAGGGUGAAGAAAGAGUAGAACGGUACGAGGCUGCAGGGAAAUGGAGGGCAAGGAUGAUGAUGGCUGGUUUCACUUCAUGUCCAAUGAGUCAGAAUGUGAGUGAUACAGUCCGGAAACUCAUAAGGGAAUACAGUGAAAGGUACACAGCAAAGGAGGAAAUGGGUGCUCUCCAUUUUGGGUGGGAAGAUAAGAGCUUGAUUUUUGCUUCAGCAUGGAGGUGACUGGUGUUUAGAUUAUUCAGUUGCAGAUAUCGCUACAGCAUCUGGCUUGCCUAGGUAUUGUUUUGGCUGCGUAUGAACUAUAUUUCUAUGUAGGAUCAGUAUAUAUUGCGUUGCCACUUUAUUUAACGUAGAAUUAGGAUAUAAGGAGAUGUCUGAUCUAAGUCACUUGACGAUGAAAUUGUAUGAAGUCUAAUGCUUAUAGGACUGCAGAUGAAAAAAUAUAUGAACUGAGUUGUAACGGCCAUUGAUUAGUUUACCAAUUUGUGUUGCUGGACACCCAAACUAAUUCACCAACUGGAUGUUGUUCAGUCCAUUUUCU